AUGUGCACUAUUCAGACGCUUCUGUGUGUGAAACAAGUGAAGCAAGAUGCUGCAGAAGAGUGGGAUGAGAGUAUGCCAUUGCCUGGAGACAUCAUCGAAGGCUUUUACAUUUGCGAGAUUGAUAUUCAUGGCGAUGAGUUUUUUGUGCCCACGAAAGCUAAGUCUGAGCUUAGUUCAGAGCUUGCUAAGAUUAACAACCAACGUAUAGAGGUCAUAUGGGUCAAGGUCAGAAGGGGUGAUGCCAUUCUCAAGCUCCGGGUGCGUGUUGUGGUGGAGAGGCUUUCCGUGCUUCAAAAGAAGUAUAGCAUCAGAGCAGCCACAGAUGACAGACAUGUUGCAGUCAUAGGGGACUUGACCUCGAAUGAAUGCACCGAGCUGCAAGAAAUGAGCAAGAGUUUGGUAAAUGUGGAAAAUAGAGGGUUUAACAAAAGAGGAGUAAAUAUGACUGGAAGAUGAAAGUGAGCAAGUAUUUGCCUGACCGCCGUUGCACGGUUGUUAGCUCUAUCCUGUUCAUGCCAAUGCAGGGUGAGCACUGCACUGAGGCCACAACAGCAAGGUGCAUGGCUUGGUUUUCUGCAGCAGUUUCUUCAGGAGCUCCUCUU